AAGUGGGACUACGGCAGUGCGAGCAAACAAACGGUUUAAACCACCUAUCACGACAACGGAUUUGUCGACCGACUGGCUGCAAGAAAACGCAUAAAGUCCAUCGCAAAAUAAAUCAAUGAGAAAAUAUGGACGUUUGCGCUUGGAGAGACGCACCUGAACAUGCACUACAUAGACGGUCAAACUCUAGAAAUGGACGGAUUCGAUGUCGAGAUUAUAACAUCGAUUUGUAACACAGCGGGUAAGAGAUGUAGGAUAGUGACUGAUGAUUAUACUAAUUGCUGGAAGUCACAGAAGGGCUCCCCUGCCAGAGGCGGGGACGGUCUGUAUGGGGGAUGGUAUGACGGGUGCGCAGGUUGGUCCCAGACUCCAGAAAGAGAAAGGGCCUUUUCAUUUACCAAACCUUACACCAAGGCAUUCCAGAGUGUCUUCUAUAGACUAACAGAUUCAUCAGGAAGCUUUGACCCAUCUAACCUGGAAGGCAAGAAAAUUGGAUUUCUUGACGGCUAUUCAAACGAUGAGCAUUGCCUAAACAAACAACAACGUGUUCAGGGUCUACCACUGCAGAAAGAGCAGAUAUUCCAUUACCUGACAGCCAGUGAUGCGGAGGCAGCAAUGAAAAAUAAUGAGAUUGAUGCAAUAUACAGCUCCAAAACCAUCAGCUAUCCAUCGUCUUCCAUGGUAGAAGGGCGGAGCUUCAAUUGUUCAAGUGGAGGUUACUCGGUCAUGACCCGGAAGGACUCUCACCUCAGGGAUUGGUGGAAUCCUGCAUGGGAGAAGAUCUACAGUAGCACCACCUACCACCUAAUGUGUAAUACACUAGAACUCAGGCAUGGUAAAUUUCCUGGCCUGAACAGCAAGGACAUAUGCCUGCCAUACAAAUAACGUGCCUUUUCUUAACUCAUCUUUCCCAUGAGGUACUCAAGACUCAGAGCCUUAAUUAUGUCAAGUGCUUCUAUGAGCCUUUUACAAACUUACUAUGUGCAUUAUUUUGUACUUACUGUAUUUUCAGGUGAAUUUUUUGUCAAGCCAUAAUUUUUUUUGCUUGUCAUAUUUUAUGGCAAAUCUUAUUACGAUUAUAAACAUAAACUUAUUUAUUCUCAAAAACGGUAAAUAUGUUUGGUGUAUGAUAAGUUUAGAAGUUGAAAUGUGUAGUGGCUGCUAUUUUGUGAUUUAUAUGUUAAUAAACCUUUUAGAAAAUCUGAAAUAUUGAGAAUUAUGUUUUCUGAAAUGCCAUUUAGUGUACAAAUAUACCAGGCUUUGAGUAAGUAUACCACUGAGGAAUAAUUUGUCCGAGGUUGGACUGGCAUUACUAUUUAGUAAAUAGAAAAUAGUAAUUUUGCCAGUACAACCGAGGAUGAAUAAUUCCCCCUAUAUUUUGAAAUAAAUGCCUGGUAUAUUUGUUUAAUAUCCUACAUUUAAUAAAUUAGAACAAUAGGUCUUGAUUAUCUAGUUCUUGUAAACGUAGUUCAUCUUUUUUAAAAUCUGAACCAAAAUAUGGAUAACGCACUGCGCUGACUGACCUACUUUUCCUGAAGCCAGGCGCUCAGCGGAACGCGGAUUUGUGCCUUCGCCGUCCCUUCACGGGGCUUGCCCGUUAGAAUCACCUCGCUGACCCGUGCGCCAGAGAGAUCAUGAUCUGUGACGUCAAUGAUGGAAUAGUGCACUAUUCCAUCAUUGACGUCACGGAACAGUAAAUUUUCUUCAGUGGGCGUUUCAUUUUCAACAUUGCAAAAUAGUGAUGUUUGGUCACAUGAUGCUAUUUAGACCAAUCAGCAUACAGGAUUUGAUUAAUGUAGGAUAAAAUUUUAACUAUGUUAAUAAACCAAAUCUCUCUUCUAUUAACAUCAUGUCCCUGAAAAAAUGAAAUUGCAAUUGAUAAAUGCCACAAGUAUGUUUACGUACUCCUUUGUCAUUUGAUGAAACUUACAAGAUACAUACUAGUAGUGCAUGCAUGAGUGAAUAUAACAGUUAUUUGAAGAGAGGGCACUGAAAAUUCAUUUUGUAGACAGUUAAAUUAUCCAGGGAAAAUAUCACAUUUCCAUGAAAUUUUUUUUAUGCUGUUGAAUUUCUAAAAUCAGAGAAAAUGUUGGAAUGAUAAGUUACUACUAGUAUUUGACUAUUUUAUAAAAAAAGUGAUUUUGCUGAGUUUUGUUGCCAAGGUUUACAGCCUGAACCACACAUGACUGCGCUUAACCAAUCAAUUGUUUAGGAGCAAGGAGUUAGUUGUAUGCAACAUAUUGUCGCAAGUGCUUGCCUGUAAUAACAUGCCUACACAGACAAUAAACCUCAUACAUGUGUAUUAUGUAAGUUUUUUAACCUGAAUAGUUGAGAACUAAAGGUGGAGGGUAUUGUCUUCUUGUCUUAUUUUGUAACUUGUACUGCUUUCUAAAAGUAUGUGUCUUAUAUGAUGUUAGACACUGUUCUCACUACCUUCCUAAAAGUAGUUUACUGGAAACUAGUUUAACGUGUCAUGAGAAUGGUAGAAGCGAUCUUCCAAGCUGGUUCAUAAAACCACCUAGCGAUGUAGUUUUCAAGAUCGCUUUGCCUCGUUAAACUGGUUUUAGCAUAAGUGAGGACACCACCUUUCUUCGGGAAGCGAUCAUUGCAAACUUUUUGCGCGCUACUCCAAAUGACAGGUGUAGAAUUCCUACGCUGCGGUUUCAAAUUUCGCCCGAAACGUGUCGCCCCACUGAGAGCAUUUCCAUAGCAACAAGAUCACUUUACGUGAAGUGAUUUCGAAAACCACGUCCGUGUGAUCAAAUGGGAACGCUAGCAAAGCGAUCUUCCAAACUGGUUUCCUGAACCGGUUUCCAGUAAACUAGUUUUAAAAAGCGUAAUGAGAACGGGGUCUUAGAGGCCUAUUCUGUAACUUUCAGUCUAUCAUGUCAUAAGAAAAAAUAUGUAAAACAUAAUCUCGUACAAUAAAAUGCAGCUUUUAUCUUCA